AUGGCUGAGUCAUCCUCCCUCCCAGAGCAGCCGCAGAGCGGCGGCGACAUAUUGGAACUGAACAAGGAUUUGGAGAUAAUGAUUGAAGACGUUGAGAAUAUUUCAGUGCAGUUGGCAUAUAUGGUUUACGACAUGGUGGCUCUGCGAACCAAUCCCGAGCUGGGAGCCUCCAUGCGGAAGCUGGAAGAAGCCUAUCAGAAAUGCAGAGGUGCUGUGUGUGGAGACCCAAUCCAAGAGCUAAAGACGGACCCACUUCCUGACACUGAGGCCCAACAACAUGCUUAA